AUGUCUUUCAUAUCAUUCGGUCUUCUCGUCAUCCUUCUUCAACUCGUCUCGGCUCAAUACUGCUCCUUCUGGAAUACCGGCUGCAUCGACUCCCUCGCUCAAACCGCCGUCCGAUUCGACCUCAACCCUCUUUUCGAGAACCCCGUCACCCUCUACUACAGUUUCGAUGGAAGUCUCUCGGGCAAAGGCGAGGGGCCUAUGACCAAGACGGCAUUCUGGCUUGGUUAUCCCAGCAAAAACGUCAAUAAAAACGCCGUCGAUUCGAAUCGCACGUCCGAAAUCGGUCUCAGAAUCGGUAAUAUGACCGGCACCCCCUCCGGCGCGAACAAUGGAUGUGAUGGCAUUUGGGGCUCGGAUUGUUCUCGUGAUUUCAAGAGUGCAUUGCAGCAUAGCAUGUACGUUCUUGCGAAAUCGGGCGAAUACUACUCCAAACCCCUGGAGGUCGCUCUCAGCCAGAUGCUGAAGAACCCCCCGCAACUUCCUUCGUGUCCGCCUCCAAUUCUUGACGUGGCCUCUAUUCCCGUGCAAGAUUUCGCGAGAGAACACGUUCCCGGUCAGAAUGUUACGCUUAUGCCGCCCGGCUCGGGCGCUUGGCCAUGGCAGGUCUGGUACCUGGAUGGCAUGAGCGCUCACAAGCAGGCCUCCCAGGUAGCCGUUGGCAUCAUCAGUCGGGCGCCUUCUUAUAACAGUGCCCCGCCGGACAGCCCGAAUGACAUUAUGGUCGAUCUUGUCUGUCUUCAGGCUCCUUCGGGUGGAUCUUCCAAAGGCACUCAUGAUUAG